UAAUUUGACGUUUGUCGUUUGCAAUUUGCAAUUUUGCAUGCAUUGGUUUGCAUGGUGAAUGGUGAUUGUUGUUUAUAUUUUUAAACCUUUUAAAUUAUAUCAAAAACAAAAUGCUUCAAAUAAUAAAAUAUUAAUCCAAAGAAGCAUAAGUGUCGCUCCGCAAGAUUUAACGGUCCAAGGCGCUAGAUUUUGUUAUGCUUUAUUUUGUUUAGUGUAUUGUGUAAACAUGAAUACUCAGCUGCAGCUCAUAGACCAAAUAAUGAGUAUUGAGGCUCAGCGAAACACCAGAUUGCGUGCCGCUGCCGAGGAUACAGCUUCUCCUCCUAAGCCUAACCCCAAGCCAGAAAAGCCACGCGUCCAAAAGCCGCUAAGUGUAAGAGAAAAACUUUGGGUGAAAAACGUUUACGACUAUGUAUAUAAAGUGAAAUCUGCAGAAUGUACGUACGAGGACCCACAAAAAAAUGAAUGCCUGCUUAAAGUAGCUGAAAUUUUGGAUAUCAGCAAAAAAACUGUAUACGCAGUUUUGAGGGAGAUCAAACUUAACGGUGUGCCAAGAGAACCAAAGAAAAGUGGCCCAAAACGAUCGUUUAAAGACAAACUUAGUAAAGAAACGUUCACAGCUAUUACACAAAUUGUACAUCAAUGUCGUCUUAAAAAAGAAACACCCUUUCUGGUUAAGGUGACACAAGCUGUAAACAAUAACCCCAACUUACCAAACUUCUCCAAAACAACAAUAAGAAGUAUAUUAAUCCAUCUGAAAUUGAUAUCCACUACUCGAAGACGAAAAACUACAAGUCGUCCUCUUGAUAUAAAAGAUGAAAUAUUGCCAGAGGUUUAAACUUACAAUAUCUUAAGAACUGAGUAUAUUUUACUAUGAACACGAGAACUGAAUGAAUUAAGGUAAGU